UUGCAGAUCCCAUGUAUUACAUUGGUGGGCUCAGUUGUAUGGCUCGGGGAACAAUAUAUUCCAACAGUAGCUCCUACUCUGAGCCAACUUUUUGACCGUAAAACUCAGGAUGCACUGCUCAGUUACAGGACCAACCACUUGGCACAAAAGAGUCAAAGUAUUGCCAAGGAGGCUCAAACUGUAAACUUACAGGUGUGUGGUUGGUCUGUGAACUUGGAUGCUGCAUCAAAGAAACAUUCAAGUCAAAUGAAAAAUCAAGACCUGAGUCAGCGAUCUUUUCUGUUAUUACAGGGGAUGAUCUUGGCACACACAAUCAAAUACAGUAUUGAGACUGUACUCAAUCUACACACUAUCCUUGGUCGUCCCAUGGGAAAGGCAUGUGCCUUAAGUGUCUGUCGUCUCAUGGAAUCUCUGAAGGCCAUAGAGAACACAUAUCAUCGUCACAGUUCCCUCCUGGCAGACUCACUGCCUCACGUUAUGCAAUAUCUUACAUGCCAAGUGCUCUCUAUUGUUUCUGCUGCAAAGACAAGAGUAUCCAGUGCACGUUUAGAUGGCCGUCGGUUGGACAUCUUAAUGGCACUUGCUUUGGUUGAGCAGAUGCUGUCAGGAUCUGGGACAAAGGAACGGCGGCUGGUCAUACGUGUGGCUCUAUCACUUGCUAAUCAGGCUAGAGCAUUAAGGGAAGAAGAUGUCUCAUCACUUCUAGUACUUCUGCGUCGCUUAGACCUGGCCUGUGAAGUUCAGUCCCGUGUGAAGGAAGCCACCAACUGCUCAAUCCUCUACCAUCACCGUGUAAUCUUUCCAGCAUAUCUGAAUCAAUACUUUCAAAGUUUUGACCAUGUUCAUCAUAUUCAUUUUAUGCUGGCAGCAGUACAAGAUUGUGCCAUCCAGCUAGAGAAAUGUUGUCAUCUUGAUUCUGCAGACCAACUGUUAAGCCAGUUCAAGGACGAGGUCUAUUUACACAUCAAGGAGUGUGUUCUGGAUAAAACUUGUCAAGCUGUAGAAACAGAGUUACGACUGAGCACUCACUCCCACCUUCAGCUAGAUAACCGCAACCCCUUCCAGACUCCAUUAAAGGAUGUUUCUCCGUUACUGUACCUACAGCCGCUCAGUCUGCUUGAUUCUGUCAUAUCAGUAAAAGACUAUGUUGAGCAAUAUCUGGAGAGGACAUUCUAUGCCCUGACUGUUGUGGCUCCCCAUGACUGGAGAACCUAUGAGGAAAUGCGAAACCUGGCAGCUUCCAAGUACAACAUAUUUACUGUACCGUCACACCUGCCGUCUCACACCUUAGAUCAGGGUGUUGAUGUUCUGGAGAUUAUGCGCAAUAUUCACGUGUUUGUGCAGCAUUACCUGUACAACUUGAACCAGCAGUUCUUUGUGGAGGCCAGUAGCAACAACAAACACCUCAGCACUGUCACCAUCAAACACAUUGCCAAUUCCAUCCGAACACAUGGAGCAGGCAUCAUUAAUACCACAGUAAACUUCACUUAUCAAUUCCUACGGCGAAAGUUUCACGUCUUCUCUCAGUUCCUGUAUGAUGAACAUAUCAAGUCUCGCCUGCUGAAGGACCUGCAACACUGGCGAGAGGUUAAAGUCAGUCAAGAGUAUUUCCCCUAUGAGAGAGCUGAAAAGUUCAAUCGUGGUAUCCGGAAACUGGGGUUGACACCAGAAGGAUUAUCAUAUUUGGACCAAUUUCGAGGACUUCUUACUCAUAUUGGAAAUGCCAUGGGUUAUGUUCGAUUGGUACGUUCUGGUGGGCUUCACUGCUCAAGCAAUGCAGCACGUUUCAUCCCGGACCUUCAAGAUGUUGUGAGCUUAGUGCAGUUGUGUGAAGAUGCUCAUGUUUCCCAAGAAACAAUCAGGGCAGCUGAGAACUUGGAUGCUGUCAUUA